GAAGAAGAUUCGUUACACACUUCCGCUUCCGGUCCGUGCCCUUGAGGCUCCGUGUCCUGUGGGUUCUCCCUCGGCCACCUGGUGGGCAUCCUGGGAACAUGGCGGCUUCCGCGACCAGGGUCUGGUGGCGUGGGCUCUUGGGGGCCGCAUCUGUAGCCAGGGGCGCUGGGCGACCCUCGGUGCUGUUGCAAAGGGUGAGGAGGGAGAGCACUGCGGCUGACAAGCGCCCCACUGUAAGACCACAGAAUAAUGUGGACCACAAGCAGUUGUCAGUGUUUGGCGAGUAUGUGGCCGAAAUCCUACCAAAAUAUGUCCAACAAGUUCAGGUGACCUGCUUCAAUGAGUUAGAAAUAUGUAUCCAUCCUGAUGGAGUCAUCCCAGUGUUGACUUUCCUCAAGGAUCACACCAAUGCACAAUUCAAGUCAUUGUCUGACUUGACAGCAGUGGAUGUCCCAACUCGGCAGAACCGUUUUGAGAUCAUCUACAACCUGUUGUCUCUGCGCUUCAACUCUCGGAUCCGUGUGAAGACUUAUACAGAUGAGCUGACGCCCAUUGAAUCCAUAGUGUCUGUGCAUAAGGCGGCCAACUGGUAUGAGAGAGAGAUCUGGGAUAUGUUUGGAGUUUUCUUUGCUAACCAUCCUGACUUAAGAAGAAUCCUGACAGAUUAUGGCUUCGAAGGACAUCCUUUCCGGAAAGACUUUCCUCUCUCUGGCUAUGUUGAGCUACGCUAUGACGAUGAGGUGAAGCGAGUGGUAGCUGAACCAGUGGAGUUGGCACAGGAGUUCCGAAAGUUUGACCUGAACAGCCCCUGGGAGGCUUUCCCUGCCUAUCGUCAGCCCCCUGAGCUUCUCAAGCUUGAAGCUGGAGAUAAGAAGCCUGAAGCCAAAUAGCUUCAAAGGGAAUGUGAACCUUAGAGAAGGCCUUAUCUAUGAUUGUCUGUGUAAAUAAACUCCUACUUAGACUCAUA